GGUUACACUAAUCCAGAAACGCGACUAUAGUUUCAAAAUUGCCGGGUCUUAUUAGAACCGGAGGAAAGAGAACCGGAGACAAAUCUCGUAUGCGCGCUUACAUAAUUGUUAAUUUGUUCAGGAAUUCCAGUAUUCACUGUACGAAAAUGAGUGCUAAUUCGGAUUCGAAAUCGAAAAGGAGUUUCAAAUCGAUGUCCUCAAACCCUUCUUCUUCUGGUAACAACAGCGGUGAUGGCAAAAGCUCGAGCAAGAAGAGGAAGACCGCUCAGAAAACCCUGGGCAUGGCUUGGGGUGCUAAUUCCCGCGCUUCUUCUAAUUCCGCCUCCCGCAAUUCGCCCUUCGCUGAUUUCGGCAGUUACAUGGCUGUAAAGAAUCAGAAACUACACGAACAGUUUGACGCUGCUGCUUCGAGUUCUUCUCAUAGUGCAUCCACCUCUGGGAAGUCCAUAUUUCGUGGGGUUUCGAUUUUUGUUGAUGGAUAUACUGUUCCUUCAAAUCAGGAGCUUCGAGGAUACAUGUUGAAGUAUGGAGGAUGUUUUGAGAAUUAUUUUUCAAGGCAUCGUGUUACACAUAUAAUAUGCAGUAAUCUCCCUGACAGUAAAAUCAAGAAUUUGAGGGCUUUCAGUGGUGGACUUCCAGUAGUUAAACCCGCAUGGCUGCUUGAUUCAGUUGUUGCUAAUAAACUUCUUAGUUGGAUUCCCUAUCAGCUUGAUCAACUUGGAACUGAAAAAGAUAACCAAUCAAAACUAUCUACCUUCUUUACUCCAAAAAAAGAUGGAGUAUCUGAGAGUGCAGAAUUUCUUGUUGAUGGUCAACAAAUAUUUGAAAAUGAUAAUCAAUCACCGAGUAGGGUGGAUUCCAGUUUCCCUGAAGAUAAUGCAUCUUUAGAGCAAACAGACAGGUUCCGUGAAGAACUGGAUGACCACUCACAGUUGAACAUUAACAAACCGAUAUCUGAAGAGCCAGCUUGCAGCGUAGAAAGUUCCUAUGAAGUAAAAGGGGUCGAACUGAAUGAUUCUCCAGAUUUAGAUGAGAAGAAUUCUGAUUUGAAGCACAAGUCUAGCACAUUUCAGGCUUCUGUUUCACUUUCCAGUAGUAGCCUCAGUAUUCAUAAUUCUACUAAUCCUUCAAGCUCCAGGACCAAGUUAGCUCCUAACCAGGGCCAUUCAACUCUUGUGGACCCCAAUUUUGUGGAAAAUUAUUUUAAGAGUUCAAGGCUUCAUUUUAUCGGUACGUGGAGAAACCGAUAUCGUAAACGGUUUUCCAGCUUGUCUAAUGGGUAUAGGUGCAAAAGUUCUAGUCUCAACACUGCUGUAAAUGAAAAUAAUUCCAUAAUACAUAUUGACAUGGACUGCUUCUUUGUUGCAGUUGUCACCAGGAACUAUCCUGAAUUACUUGACAAACCUGUUGCUGUUUGUCAUUCAGAUAAUCCCCGUGGUACUGCUGAAAUAUCAUCUGCCAAUUAUCCUGCUCGAGAUCACGGAGUGAAGGCUGGAAUGUUUGUCAAAGAUGCCAAGACUCGAUGCCCUCAGCUCGUAAUAGUUCCAUAUGAUUUUGGAGCUUAUGAGAAGGUGGCAGAUCAAUUCUAUGACAUUUUGCACAAGCACUGCCAAAAAGUCCAGGCUGUCAGCUGUGAUGAAGCAUUUUUAGAUGUAUCUGAAUCGGAAGUGGGCGAUCCUCAGCUUUUAGCCUCAGUAAUCAGAAAGGAGAUCUUCGACACUACAGGAUGCACUGCUAGUGCAGGAAUUGCAGGAAAUAUGCUUAUGGCUCGUCUGGCUACGAAAACUGCGAAACCAGAUGGCCUGUGUUACAUUCCUCCUGAAAAGGUUGAUACUUAUUUAUCCGAACUUCCAGUUAAGGCACUUCCAGGUAUUGGACAUAUUUUGGAAGACAAAUUGAAGAAGAAACAAAUUAAAACCUGUGCGCACUUGCGCGCAAUCUCCAAGGAGUCUCUUCAGAAAGAUUUUGGAAUGAAAACUGGAGAGAUGCUCUGGAACUAUAGUAGAGGGAUAGACAACCGACUAGUUGGAUUGAUUCAGGAAAGCAAGUCCAUUGGCGCUGAAGUGAACUGGGGUGUGAGGUUCAGGAAUCGAAAUGAUACUCGGCAUUUUCUAGAGAAUCUGUGCAAGGAGGUUGCGCUUCGAUUGCAGGGAUGCGGAGUGCAAGGGCGAUCAUUUACUCUCAAGAUAAAGAAGAAGAGAGGUGAUGCGGGAGAACCAGUGAAGUAUAUGGGCUGUGGAGACUGUGAGAACCUGAGCCAUUCAAUAACGAUCCCAAUGGCCACGGAUGAUGCGGACGUGCUUAAGAGGUUGGCCACUCAGCUCUUUGGUUAUUUCCACAUAGAUGUUGAAGAUAUUCGAGGUGUGGGCUUGCAGGUCUCGAAACUUGAAGGUGCUGAUGAUAGCAAACUAGUUCACAAAAGAAAUUCCAUCCUUCCUUGGGUUGUCUCCACUUCAUCAAAGGACAGAGACCGAAACCAACCUGUUCAGCUUUCAAACCAUGGUGAUGCAGGAUCAUCCGUCGAUACAGGCGCUGCGAGCCUCCCCCCUCUUGAAGAUCUUGAUGUGGCCGUUAUAGAGUCUCUUCCGCCUGAAGUGGUUUCAGAAAUUAAUGACAUGUACGGUGGGAAGUUAUUAGGUUUCAUUUCUGAAAAUAGAAGGAAAACUGCCGAUACAAACUUGGAUGCUAUAUCAUCCCGAAGUGGUGAAGAUUUAGAUGCCUCAGUUGAGGAAACAGAAUCUUUUUCAGCUGUUCAUCUUGUAGAAUCAAAUACAAUUGCUGCUGACAAUGAGUCUGGUGAGGUAGCACCCCCUAGUGUUGCUGUGCCCACUUCAUUUUCUCUAAAAAACUUAAUGCCCUCAUCUCUAAGUCAAGUAGAUCGCUCAGUGUUGCAACAACUGCCUGAAGAGUUGAGAAAAGACAUAAUUGAACUUCUUCCACAGCACAGAGAACCAGAAUUUGUUAAAGGUUCUUCCAGUAAUGUGAUUAAUGAAGAGCCUGAAUUUGAAUCUUCCGAGUUAAAGGACCUCUGGAUUGGAAAUCCUCCAAAGUGGGUUGAGAAGUUCAAAAACAGCACCUGCAGCAUAUUGAAUACUUUCGCUAAGAUGUAUCACUAUGGAUGUGGUGGAUGUUUGUCUUCUCUACUGCAGCGUAUGGUUUCUGAGAUAUUUCCACCGAUAGAUGCGGGCGCUGAUGGAUUCCAUGAUGCUGUUAGUUGGCUGUGCGAGCUUUUCAAGCAAUAUAUAGAUCUCAAAAUAGCAACAGAUAUGGAGGAGAUAUAUUGUUGUAUACGCCUUCUAAGGAGGUUAUGUGGGAGGUCUGAUAUUUUCAUACAGGUCAACAACGUCAUCCUUCCUCACUUGCAGAGGUUGAUGGGUGAAGAAUAUGGAGGAACUCUCAGUAUCCCUCCUUUGUAGAAUUGGUUUGUUGAGGCUUCGCUGUGGUUUUCUUAUUGGUCGUAGAUGAACGAAGACUUCCUUGUUGGUUGUGACCUCUCCUAGCACCGGAAAUCUAGCCAUGAUGCCAAAUGUGACAGGCUAAGCACAAUUGCUGGGGAUGAAGAUAAGGUUCAACGGUCAACCUGUCAGCCUUGCAAGGCAUCCUUGCUGUUCAGUACACGGUCACGAAUACAGCAGCCAGCACAGCAGGUGGGGCCCGGUUUGUAAGAGAU